AUGGAUGCGCUCCUUUCCCGCCUGGACGCCCUCGUCCUCAACCCCGAACUCGCUCCCCUGCUGUCGCUGGUCAAAGGUAUCCGAAAUGGCGUUGUUUAUGGAUCGAAAGUGCGAUUCCCGCACGCUCUGGUGAUGAUCUUUCUUUUCCGCUCUGGAACAUUCCGGGAAAAGGUCAAGCUCGUCCUCAAAGCAACCCGCCAGCAUGCGCGCAAUCUAGCCACGUUCGCGUUCAUAUAUAAAGGCUCCAUGCUUCUUCUGCGAAAUAUCAACCCGGCGGGUGUUGGAAAAGAAGGUCGCUAUGAUAGCUUCUUCGCCGGUCUAUUGGGAGGAUACGCUGUUUUUGGCCGGAAGAAGACAAGCAUCACUCAACAGAUCGUGAUCUAUGUCUUUGCCCGUGUUCUCCUCGCUCUCGCCAAACUCUCCGUCGAACCGAACAUGCAUCCUCUCUCCUCGCUGAUCACACCCGACUCGCGAGCGCAAAUACAGGCGAAUGCAUGGCCCGUCUUUGCAAGUCUCAGCUGGGCGCUCGUCAUGUACAUCUUCCGCUGGCAUCCAGAGACGCUUAUGUCGAGUUUGAGGAGCAGCAUGGUAUACAUCUACCAAGACUCGGACCACUGGGACUCAUUCCGCAACUUCUUGAUACACAACAAAUAG